ACCCGUUGGUGUAGCCUGCUGUAACUCCGAGUCGCGAGGGAGAUGGAAGCGGUCGAGGCCGCCCAUGGCCCGCCCGACGACGCCUCUGGCCGCUAUGCCGAGGACAAGCGCAGCGGCCUCGCCGACGACGCAUCCAGCGAUGGCCAAGCGGACAAGAUCGAGACGAUCGGGCCCGUCGAGCUCUUCAAUCGCCUCCAGCACAGCAGCAACAGCAUCGUCUUCCUCGUGCUGACCAACGCCGACGUGACCUCGGGCGUCUUCUCGACAAUCGGCUUUACAGAGACGAACGACAACUAUUGCAACUUGUACCUGCCGCCGUCCGUGUCGGAGCGCCUCGUGGACCCGUCGACGUCGCUCUCGCACCUGCUCUUGCUCGGUGGCGAUGACGUGGCCAUCGCGUCGCUGCCCUCCAAGAUGCAGCUGCUCAUCCACGUCGUGGCCGAGCUUCGUGCAAGCGCAGGCCUUGCGCCGCUCAUCGCGCAGUUCGUCGACCCGUCGUUUGCGGCCUCGUUCCGGCUCGAUGCGCCACCGAGCGUCAACUUGAUCGCGACCGCAUCCGGUUGGAUCUUCCUCGGCAACAGCGCCGACGCCGUGCGCAGCAGCGUCGUGCGCGAUCUCAACAUCGAAGCCAUCGUCAACUGCUCGUCGUCGACGCAGGACAAGCCGUUCGCGCACGUCGAGUACUUUGACUUGUCGGUCUCGCGCGAGGACCCGGAGGCCGGCACGUUCCAGGCCUUUGACGACGCCGUCGCGUUCAUCGAGGCCGCCUUUGCGACCAAGUCGCGCCUCCUCGUGCACUCGAGCUACGGCCGGUCGCGCUGCUGCAUGCUCGCGGUCUACUUUAUCAUGAAGACCGAGCGCGCGCCGCUCUACGAUGCGUACCACCGCGUCUUGCGCGGUCGCCCAAGCAUGAUGCCGCGCGAUGCGAUCCUCGGCAUUUUGCUCGCCAAAGAGACAGCCCUCUACGGCGCCAGCAGCAUCGCCGCCAACGACAAGCCCGCCUUGCGCCAGCUCACGCGCGGCGACGGCCUCCCGCCGCGCGACAAGGCCGCCCACGCGAUCGCACUCGCGCACCUCCACGCCGCGGAGCUGCAAGCGCUCAAGCAGACGACCGGUAAAGCCUCGUCGUUCGCAACCAACGCGUUUGUGCUCGCGAGCACCAAGGACGCGCGGCCCGAGACCCGUCGGCGCGUCGUGCCCGAGACCUCGGUCACGUGUCGCUGGCUCUUCAACCGCCUGCAGAGCGGCACCGGCAUGCUCUUGUUGGACGCGCGGAGCCGCGGGAGCUUUGAAGACGACUCGAUCCCGACCGCGAUCUCGGCGCCGCCGCCGUCGGGCCGCGUGUCGCUGAGCACGCUCGAGCGGUCGCUCCUUCCGGAACAAGCCCACCUCUUCUCGGCCAAGAAGCGCAAGCUGCGCGAGGUAGUGAUUUACGGCGAGACGGUGCGGCCGAGCACAUCGCACUGGGGCCGCCAGCUCGGGCAACUCCUUGUCGAGGAAGGGCUUGUCUCGAGCGUCCGGUACCUCGACGACGGCUUCACGACGUUCCAGUACCGGUACCCGUUCUAUACGACGCAGUUUCUCUUCGCGGGCCAGAACGCGGACGAAGGGCUCUUCCUCGCGCGCACACAGAGCGGGACGCACAACAUCAACUACCCGAACGAGCUCCUCGACGGCUUCCUCUUCCUCGGCAACAUGUGGCACGCGCAGUCGUCCUCGGUCGUGCGCAACCUCGGGAUCACGCACAUCGUGAAUGCGAGCCUGGAUACGGGCAACGUCUUUGAGACUUCCGGCGUAUUGUACCAUGAAGUCAAGAUCAAGGACGACAUUUACGCCAACAUCACGGCGCACUUCGAGCCUACGUUCGCCUUCCUCGAGCGCGCCAAGCAGACGCAGCACAGCCGCGUGCUCAUCCACUGCACGCAAGGCAUCUCGCGGUCCGCGACGCUCGCCAUCUACUACCUCAUGCGCGCCCAGCGCUGGUCGCUCGUGACGGCCGUCAACUACUGCAUUUCGAACCGCGGCGUCUGCUUUCCCAACCAAGGCUUUCUCCAAGCGCUCAUGGUAGAAGAGCGCAACCUCUAUCAUGCCAACACGGUCGCGACCCAUGAGCUCGACGCGCUUCUGGAAGGCGGCUUGCAGGACAAGCCCGUGCCCAAACCGAUGCUGACGCUCGAGCCGUCGACGGCCGACGAAGGCUGCCACAUGUGCUCGAAGACCUUUUCGUUUUUCGAGUGGCGGCAUCGGUGCGGCCUCUGCCGACGCGUCGUCUGCGCCAAGUGCUCGAGCAGCCGCCUCCUCUUGCCUGAGUCGAGCGGCGACGUCGGCCGCGUCUGCGACCACUGCCUCGUGCACCUCUGGGCCAUCCACCUCCCGCUGCCCUUCCGCCUCAACGUGCGCAUGCUGUUUGUCGACCGCCCGUGCCUCCAGCACCAAGUGCUCACGAUCACAUACGUUCCCGGCACCGAGACGCACGUGCUGCUCGACAUUUUACGCAAGCGCUUUCAAGUGCGCGCGUACGAGCUCCUCGACGUGACGGGCGACGGUGUCGACGUGGGCGCCGACUGGAGUCUCCACGCCGCCGCGUACUUGGACUUGCCCGACAACGCCGUGCUCUUUGCGUCCAUUGGCGAGUCGGGCUCGAUCCGCCAGCCGCGCCGUCGCCAGCCGUCGUGCGCCGAGCUCGCGGCGACGUCGAGUCGGCGGUCGCGGUCGUUCUCCGAAGCGCCCUCCUACCGCACCAACGCCCGCUUGCAGCACCACUCGAUGGUGACGCAGCAGCUGUCGCUCUCGGACCAGUCGCUGGCCACGCCCAACGUCGCCCUCGAUGACACGCGUUUCCAAGCGCUGUGGAGCGCAGCGUUCCCGUCGCACCCCGACAUGCCGCUCGAGGCGCUCGUCGAGCUCGACCACGAGCCUCUCUCGCAAGUGUUACUGGCCCUCUCCGCCCACAACAACAACGCGAACGCCGACUUGCCCCUCGCGUCGUCGGCGCAGACCUUUCUGCGGCGGUACGGAGCCACGUAA